AUGAUAAGAAGAAAGUAAGAGGUUUAUAACAGUUUGCAUUAUAUAUGAUGUACCUACAGUUUUUUUCGUACAAUUAUAUCUUUGGUAGAGGCUUAGAAAGGUUUACUAGACCGGACCGAAGUGGAGUUGCAAGGGGUCGGCACAUGCGGGCUGGGCUAGACUCAGCUCGGCAGAGCCGACGCAAAUUUGAAAAUGACGGACCAGACCCGUAGGCUUGAGGGCCUAUUCCUAAAUUAAGAUCAAAAAGUUGGGCCUGGCUUGGUUUCUCUACAGGUCUCCUCAGCCAGAUGAAUUCAUAAAUAGCUAGCCUAGCCUACCUCUAUAUUAAUGAAUAUUCUUUUUAACUAAAAACUAUCUUCAGAAUCUCAUUGGCCGCUGAAUGUGAAUUGGCUUCACAAUUGGGAACUACAGUAAUCGAAGAAGAUGUAGUCGACUUUAUGAAACAGAAGCUAGAAGGCAGUGAUUACACCAUAAGAUGGCUAGUCAACAUUCUGAACGAGAAGCAUUCGUAUUUUAGGAGUAUCAUGGUAACCGACAGUAUUGAACAUGUAGGUUUUUUUUAAUUUUCAAAUUUUUUUUAAUUUUUGAAAAAUCUUUUCGAUUUUUUUUGAACUUUAAAGUACAGUGGAACUCUUGUAUAACGAAUAGGACUUGAAAUUUGUUUGUUAUACGAAAGUUUUGUUAUAGAGGAGUUCAUACAGGAGUUCCACUGUAUUUUAAAAAAUGCUUUUUCAGGUUGACAUAAAUGAUAUUGGAGAUGGUAAAGGUCACCUGUCAAAGGUUUACCGUGUUAUUUUCGAAUUCCAAACUAACAAACGACCAUUUGAAAUCAUUGUCAAGUUCCCAGUUAUCAGUAUCUUGAACAAGGUCAGAAAAGAUGCUGGAUUGGAUGUAAGUUAUUUUUAAAUUAAAGAAUUAAGUCAACUAACAAGGAAAGUAUUCAAACUGUCUCAUUCAGAUCAUAAAAUUGACGUUCUUCUUUCAAUUGAAUUCUUUGUACUACCAAUAGUAAAAUUCUAGCUUGCGCUUUUAAGUUUUGAAAUUUAAAAGUUUUAAGUCUCCGCCAAUUUGGAAAAGUUGGCAUUGUGUUUCAAGCCUUUUUUUUCAACUUUCCACAUGAUAUACGCUUACAAAUUUAAAAGUUAUAAGCUUGCAACACAAUGCCAAUUUAGCAGGGAAUUCAAAAUGCAACUUUUUAAUUUCGAUUUUCUCGUCAUUUCCUAGAAAACGCGAUUUAGUACUUUAUAAAAAGUUUGAAUUCAGACGGGUACAGAUUACUUAAGAAAAAUUUGAAAAAAUGAAAAAACUUAUAUUUUAUUUAAAUUUUGGCCAUCUAAACUAAUCUUCUGUCAUUGACGAUAGAUGCUUAUCCUUUUCCAGGAAAUGACAGAUGACCACGAAGAUGCUCAAUUUGUCUUCGAUGCCCACAAUCAUGAAUGUGACUUUUACGAAAUGGUCAGCAACCAAGAACCACCAGCACCAUUCGUACCACGCGUGUAUUAUACCGCCAAGACCUACCCGAAACAGAAGAUUCAAGGAGCAUUAGUGAUGGAGAGUUUCUUCGGCCGAACAGCCGGUCUACAUUACUUUGAUUAUGUCAACAAGAACCAGACAAUCAAUAUUACUAUAGCUUUGGCAACGAUCCAUGCCUUUGUGUAUCGGCUGGAGGGUCAGCCGUGGAGAAAGUUUGAAGGGGAUGCGUUUUACAGUGACAGAAUGGUUGUUGUUGGGGAUCGGAUUGAAGAAGCGGCCAAUGAGUACGGUAGGUUGAGGGAGCAAGCGUUAGAGGGAAGGAGGUAGAGAAGGAGGAGAAUACUAUAUAUUAGUACCGUAUGAAAAACAACUUACACAGUAACCCUACACAAUGUUGAAGUAAGCCUAAAUAUGUUUCAGUAAUCAUACUAAACGUUACGGUAAUUUUAAAAAAUGGUACAAUAAACCUACAAAUUGUUACAUUAAUCCUACAAAAUGUUUCAGUAAACAUACAAAAUUUAACAGUGAUUCUACAAAAUGUUACAGUAAUUUUAAAAAUGGUUACAGUAACCAACAAGUUACAGUAACCAAACAACAAGUUACAAUAACCCUAAAAAACCAUUUCUUUCAGCCAUAACCGAAUUUCCAAAGAUAGAAACCAUUCGAACAGCUGAGUUCUUCCGCCAUUCUGCAUUUGAAAGAGCUAAAGAACUGAAGGCAGAAGGCAUCGUGCACGGUGAUUGCUGGGGACAGAACGUUCUUUUCAAACUGAACGAGAACGGCACGGUCGGAGAUGAUUUGGAAUGCUUUAUCGACUUUCAAAUGUGCAAUGUUGGUAGGUGUAUUGUUUUUUUUCUGUUUUUUAAAUUAUAUUGCAUUUUAAAGGACCUGUAAAGAUAGCGUUUGAAAAAUCGCCAUAAACCUGGCAUUGUGUCUUAUCGUGGCGGGACCAAAUGGAAAUUCUCGCGUAAAAUAUUUUCAUAAAUUUUUUUCAUGGAUAAUAUUUUAAUGAAUCUACUUGAUUUCACUAGGAAUUGCUGUUCUAACUAAUGUUUCUGUGUUGUAAAAUGCUAUUGCUGGCUCGAGUUUUCCAGGUUUUAUCCGAAUUUACACUUUUAUUUAAUUGUAGUGUACUUUCCAGUAACGUUUUGAGAACUUUGGCCAGAUUCAAGUUAGAAAAACUUUAAAUGUUGAUUGGUAAGUUUUUUUUAUAAUAUUUAUGUUGUUCUAAAUGAAUAAUCAAUUUUUUUAGACCCCCACCAUGGCGUUUCAACUGUUUUGAUGUGGUUUCGCACUUCGAUGUUGUUAUAGCGCAAUGUCGCUGAAUGGUGAAAGCUUGGACCGUUUUUAGACUUGAUAACUUAGCUCGACAUUGCGCUAUACCAACAUCGAAGUGCGAAACCACAUCAAAACUGUUGAAACAUAAUGAUAAAUGUCUGAAAAAUUGAUUAUUCAUUUAAAACAACAUAAAUUUUAUAAAAAAAUACUUACCAAUCAACUUUUAAAGUUUUUUAAAUUUAAAUCUGGAAAAAGUUCUCAAAACGUUACCGGAAAGUACACUAUAAUAAAAUAAAAGUGUAAAUUCGGAUAAAACCGGGAAAACUCGAGCCAGCAAUAGCAUUUUACAACACAGAAACAUUAGUUAGAACAGCAAUUCCUAGUGAAAUCAAGUAGAUUCAUUAAAAUGUUAUCCAUGAAAAAAAAUUUAUGAAAAUAUUUUACGCGAGAAUUUCCUUUUGUUCCCGUCACGAUAAGACAUAAUGCCAGGUUCAUGGCGAUAUUUCAAAAAGGGAUUUUUUGGGGGUUUACAGGUCCUUUAAAGCGUAUUUUACUAUAGUUUAACAGGUUUUUUUUAUGAAAUACACGUUUUCGUGGCAGGACCAAAAAAUAAAUAAAUUUAAAAAACUGAAUAAUCUUAAAGAUAAUUUUAAAUAUUUUUUGAGAAAUUUUUGUCAGAAGGCUGUUUAGUUACUCUUUGAACCUUUUAAGUGUUUUCGUGGCGAUACCCGAAUAUGAGCUAGAAGUUUAGCGUUUUUUGCUAUUUCUUUUAUGUAUUAGGUAAUAAAUGCAUGUAAUUUGGUCGAAAGAACGUUUUUUUAAAUUUCUAUAAUUUUUUACAUUUUUUAAAAUUCUCUACUACAAUAAACAUAACUCUCACCAAUGUCUAGGUAACCCUCUGUGUGACAUAGCCCGCUGGAUGAGUGCUUGUGUAGACGCAGAUAUCCGUCGUGAAAUCACGACUGGCGUUCUUGACACCUACUACAAGACUUUAAAGUCAGAACUCGCCAGGUACAAUGUCAAAUGUCCGUUGACUCGAGAGAACGUUCAAGAAUUGUACGAACUGGCCUUAGUGACACAAGUGUUCGUAUGUAUACUGUUGACUCCAAUAUUCCUGAAGAAGAGUCACAGUAAUGUAGAAGGCGUGGACAUGGCACGGGAGGAGAAGUGGCUACUGAGAGUGCGCUUGCUGGUGGAGGAUUGUAUCAAAUUGAUACACAAGAAUGGGUGGAUCCACAGAUUCAAUUUGGAAAACUCUUUGUGA